UUCCAUGGUUUUCCACAAUGGAUUGGGGCUGUCGAUGGUACGCAUGUAGCUAUGAAUAAACCGACCGAAAAUGCCAGUGAUUUCAUUAACCGAAAGGGGUAUACCUCUAUAAAUGUACAAGCUGCCUGUGAUUACAACUACAGAUUCAUCGAUGUGGUAGUAAAAUGACCUGGCAGCGUGCAUGAUGCAAGGAUCUUCAAAAAUUCAACAUUGAAUGCAAAGCUUAGAGAUGGAACAAUUCCUUCUUGUCCUAAAGUUAUUGUCGAAGGAGAAACUGCUGUGCCCAUUAGUAUUUUAGGUGAUCCAGCUUACCCGUUGAUGCCUUAUGUUCUAAAGGAGUAUGCCAAUGGAGGCACCACACCAACAGAACAGUAUUUUGGCUAUAAAUUAUCAUCUGAAAGAAUGGUGAUCGAAUGCCCCUUUGAGUGUCUGAAAGGACGAUGGGGAGCCCUUAGACGUGCUAUGGAUAUCAAGUUAGAUGACCUGCCAAGUGUGAUAUUUGCAUGUUUUGUGCUGCAUAACUUUUGCGAACCUCAUGUUGAAACAGUUACAGAAGAAAGAGUGCAAGAAGCACGCAGUUAUGACAGAGAGUUUCAACCCCCAUGUCACUCUCCAGGUUAUGGAUCCUUAAACGAAGCAGCUGGAAAGAAA